CUUACAGUUCGAGAUUGGAUCAUGUCAGGCAUAGUGCUAUACGGCCUGAACAUCAGUCCCCCAGUCAGAGCUUGCCAGUUGACGCUGCGAGCCUUGGAACUGGAGUAUGAGUUCAAGGAAGUGAAUCCCCUGGCCGGAGAGCAUCUGACCGAGGAGUUCCUGAAGAAGAAUCCCCAGCACACCAUACCGCUUCUCGACGACGGAGGAGACCUGGUCUGGGACUCACAUGCCAUUGCGUGCUAUCUGGUGGAUAAGUAUGCCCAGUCGGACGAGCUGUAUCCCAAGGAUCUAGUGAAGCGCUCCCAGGUGAAUCAGCGCCUAUAUUUCGAUGCCAGUGUCCUGUUCAUGGCCCUGCGCAACAUCUGUGUUCCGUACUUUUACAACAACGUCACGGAAAUACCCCGGGAGAAGGCCGACAAUAUACGCGAUGGUUAUGGUCACCUGGAGACCUUUUUGGGUGAGAAUCCGUAUGUCAACGGUGAUACCCUGACUGUGGCUGAUUUCUGCUGUGCGGCCACAGUCUCCACGCUGCCAGCCUUUGUGGAACUCGAUGCUGAGAAGUAUCCCAAGGUCACUGCCUGGCUGAAACGCCUCCAGGAGCUGCCCUAUUACGAGGAGGCCAACGGGGUGGGGGCCACCGAGUACGUGGAACUGCUGAAGGGCCAGUUGACCCUUCUGUAAGCAGUCCUCUUUCCCACAAUUACCCAGUGUUGAGGACAUGCAUUUUUAAUCGCAGCUAAUUAAAUGAAAGUAGUUGACAAAUCCUUCUCAUUGUCCACACUGGAAGAGAUGCAUUGAAAAAAAUUACUAUGACGGGAAAAAUAGACACAAUAAAUGUAAAACCCGAGUUAAAAAAAAAA